AAGGAGGCGAUGUAUUCUCGUCUAUUAUUUCCCUAUCAAAUGCGUAUCAGACUUUGCAAGAGGAUGAUCUAUCUUAAGACUCAUGAUCAAUAUUUUAGUCUGAAUAAAAUACUUCUUCUUGCUAUUGGCCUGUGGCCCUAUCAACAAUCAAACUUCACUCGACUUCAAUUCAUUUUUCUGUCUACUAUUUUAACGUCGAAUUUUAUAUUUCAGUGUACACCCAUUAUAUCACAAAAAUGUACUCUGAAUUUCAUAGCCAAAGUUUUAUCUUCCGCAUCCUUCUUUGCUCUGUUUAUAGUAAAAUAUAACAUGUUCUGUAUUAAUAUGCAAGCUAAUUGUUCAAAAAAACAGGUGAAAGAUUUAUUGAAGCAACUACAGCUUAUAUGUAAUGAGUUGAAAGAUAAUAACGAAUUUGCUAUCAUAAACGAAUAUGGAUGUAGUGCCAAACGUGUAACUGCUGUGCUUAUGAUAUGUGGUAUUUGUAGCGUAUUUGUUAUUACCGCCGCUCAAUUUUCGUCGAAAAUUUUCGAUUUUAUAUUACCGAUAAAUGUAUCUCAAAUACAUCGCAUACCAAUUACAGUGGAAUAUUUCGUCGAUCAAGAAAAAUAUUCCUACUGGAUUUUGUUACAUAUUAAUGUAGCAUUCUGCGUCGGGGCAACUGCAAUGGUAGGAAUAGGAACAACGCUUAUUGCGUAUCUUCAAUACACUUGUGGAAUGUUUAAAAUUUCCAGUUAUCGUAUUAAACGCGCAGUUCAUGUAAAUAUGUUAAAAAAUAUUAAAUUAAAGAAGAAUUUAAUAUUGAAUGGAAUAAUUAGUGCUGUAAAUAUUCAUCGUCAAGCAAUGAGAUUAUCCGGACUUUUGGUAUCAAAAAUUCAGACAAUGUUGUUCUGUUUAAUAAUAAUCGGAGUGGUCUGUUUGAGUCUUAAUCUUUUUCAAAUUUUUCAGAUUGCCUCAUCCGGAAAUGAUGUCAAGGAGUUUAUAUUUCCCGUUCUAUUUGUGACUAUCAGUGUCCUAUACAUGUUUUUAGCUAAUUAUGUGGCACAGGUUAUAAUGGACCAUAAUAAUGACAUCUUUGCUACUGUGUAUGAUGUAAAGUGGCAUGCUGCUCCGUUACAUAUACAGAAAUUGCUACUAUUUCUGCUGCAAAGAGGCGCCAAAGAUUUUACUUUAAGCGUCGGUGGACUAUUUGUUGGAUCGUUGGAAUGUUUCGCCACGCUGGUGAAAGCCUCAACGAAAAAUAUGUUGCAAAGGCAUACGAUAGAAUAA